AUCGAUUUGCGCAUGCGCGUUAUAGGGCUGUCAACACUUAGAAAUUUAAAAUUUUUACUCCAUUUUUACACCUCCUCUAUUUUUAAAUAUUUGUCAAAUAAAAUGAACGUUUGCAUGUAACCUAACUUGAAACUUUCGGCUAUGUCGGUCAUUUUGUUCCUCCCAGUAUUCUCUCGUAUUCUCUCGUAAGUCGCAUUGAAUGUACAUUUAACGGAACUAACAUGAGUAACUUCGAAGGAGGGCUAAAACGGUUCCUUUGUUGUACUCACGUCGUCGUAGAGAUUGUGGGCGGCCGCGAGCGCGUGCGGCGCGGGCACCGCGCGGCACAGCGCCGACACCGCGUCCGCCACGCGCGCCACGCUGUGCAGCAGCGCCGCGCCCUCGCCCGCGCACGCCGUCUGCUGCACCCAACGGUGGCACACCUGCACGCACGCGCCCCUGUACACUGCCGCCCCGAGUGUGUGUAUCGCCCCCCGCCCCCGCCCCCGCCCCCGCCCCCGCCCCCGCCCCCCGCUGUGCAGCAGCGCCGCGCCCUCGCCCGCGCACGCCGUCUGCUGCACCCAACGGUGGCACACCUGCACGCACGCGCCCCUGUACACUGCCGCCCCGAGUGUGUGUAUCGCCCCCCGCCCCCGCCCCCGCCCCCGCCCCCGCCCCCGCCCCCCGCUGUGCAGCAGCGCCGCGCCCUCGCCCGCGCACGCCGUCUGCUGCACCCAACGGUGGCACACCUGCACGCACGCGCCCCUGUACACUGCCGCCCCGAGUGUGUGUAUCGCCCCCCGCCCCCGCCCCCGCCCCCGCCCCCGCCCCCCGCUGUGCAGCAGCGCCGCGCCCUCGCCCGCGCACGCCGUCUGCUGCACCCAACGGUGGCACACCUGCACGCACGCGCCCCUGUACACUGCCGCCCCGAGUGUGUGUAUCGCCCCCCGCCCCCGCCCCCGCCCCCGCCCCCGCCCCCCGCUGUGCAGCAGCGCCGCGCCCUCGCCCGCGCACGCCGUCUGCUGCACCCAACGGUGGCACACCUGCACGCACGCGCCCCUGUACACUGCCGCCCCGAGUGUGUGUAUCGCCCCCCCGCCCCCGCCCCCGCCCCCCGCUGUGCAGCAGCGCCGCGCCCUCGCCCGCGCACGCCGUCUGCUGCACCCAACGGUGGCACACCUGCACGCACGCGCCCCUGUACACUGCCGCCCCGAGUGUGUGUAUCGCCCCCCGCCCCCGCCCCCGCCCCCGCCCCCGCCCCCCGCUGUGCAGCAGCGCCGCGCCCUCGCCCGCGCACGCCGUCUGCUGCACCCAACGGUGGCACACCUGCACGCACGCGCCCCUGUACACUGCCGCCCCGAGUGUGUGUAUCGCCCCCCGCCCCCGCCCCCGCCCCCGCCCCCGCCCCCCGCUGUGCAGCAGCGCCGCGCCCUCGCCCGCGCACGCCGUCUGCUGCACCCAACGGUGGCACACCUGCACGCACGCGCCCCUGUACACUGCCGCCCCGAGUGUGUGUAUCGCCCCCCGCCCCCGCCCCCGCCCCCGCCCCCGCCCCCCGCUGUGCAGCAGCGCCGCGCCCUCGCCCGCGCACGCCGUCUGCUGCACCCAACGGUGGCACACCUGCACGCACGCGCCCCUGUACACUGCCGCCCCGAGUGUGUGUAUCGCCCCCCCGCCCCCGCCCCCGCCCCCCGCUGUGCAGCAGCGCCGCGCCCUCGCCCGCGCACGCCGUCUGCUGCACCCAACGGUGGCACACCUGCACGCACGCGCCCCUGUACACUGCCGCCCCGAGUGUGUGUAUCGCCCCCCGUCCCCGCACCCCGUCAUUAUUACUCAAAUCUUACCCCACGAUAGUUGCGAUCUAA